UGGGCUGAUGUGGCAGUCAAUUAGAGCAUCUAGAUUUUACUUUUGGCGGGAAAACGAAAUUUGGUCUAAAUGGUUCACGCGGAUCUUCAUUCAUCGAUUUGAAAAAUCUUGGUAAUCUAAUAACCUUUAUGUCCAAUCUUCCAUCGAUACUCUCAUAUCAACUCUCUUCCAUCCCAAUCUUGAAACGGCGAUACAAUCUUUAGAUCAUAUUCAGAUUUAGUUUUUGAAGGAUCAACAUUACAAACGCAAUAAUGUCUUUUUACAAGUCAAUGUCUGCACUUACCAGAGAUUUUUUGGUUAUACCUCUUCAUUUUUCAAAGAUAUGGUUAUCUUCUGCUGUUGGUGAUAAUAUGGUAGUCAUAAAGAGUAUCAACGAAAAGGUGUGGAAUGUUAAUUUCUCCAAGAACAAUGGUACCUUUGCCUUUACAGAAGGAUGGUCAAAGGUUGUAUGUGACCUUUCUUUAUCUGAUGGUUGUAUACUUCUUUUCAAGCAAGUUAAUCCGUAUAAUUAUAUACUCACACCUUUUUUCAAGGAAACACCUUAUCCACUAUGUGAUCCAGGCAUCUCUUUGUUUCUAUCCAUCUCAUCUUUGCCGAAUAGGAAUUACAUAGAGUCGUUCUGUCAUGUUUUCAAUGAUCAAAGUGUUAAUACACUGCUUCUUCCUACGUUUGUUGUUAAAAACACUAUUGGUGUUGGUAAACUUAGAAGACCAAUGAAGGUUCAUCUAAAUUCAUGGGACUCUUUUCUUUUUAGUGGGCCGUUUUUAUGUCUUUACCACUGGAUUGGACCGCUUACUCCACCCAAACUCACAAACAUGGGCCCUUUUAAAAUGGCGAAAUAA